AGGUUGCAGCUGCAGCUCAGUCUGCGACGACUGGUGGCCAGCAAUGGAGCGACCGGUGUCCAGCGAAGUGACUGGCGCCGACGCGUCGGGACCGGAUCCGCAGCUGGCAGUCACCAUGGGCUUUACGGGGUUCGGGAAAAAAGCCCGCACAUUUGACUUGGAAGCAAUGUUUGAACAGACACGAAGAACUGCUGUGGAAAGAAGUCGGAAAACACUGGAAGCAAGAGAAAAAGAGGAAGACAUGAACAGGGAGAAAGAAUUAAGAAGGCCAAAUGAAGAUACGGAACCAACAUCUUCGGGCUUACAUGUAGUCAGAGAUAGCUCGAAAUCAUCCUCCAGGUAUCUGAUUUUCUCAAAAGGGUUCUACAAACCAUCAUUUUCUAGGUCACUGUUUGGUCUAAUGCUGCUUGCAGAAGUUCAAGAUGGCCAGGCUGUGUCGUGUCAGGACAGCUGGCAAAAUCCUGUCCAAAAGAUUCCUGACUCACAUGAGAUAACACUGAAGCAUGGCACUAAAACGGUGUCUGCUUUGGGUCUAGAUCCCUCAGGUGCCCGUUUGGUGACUGGAGGAUAUGACUAUGAUGUUAAGUUUUGGGAUUUUGCUGGAAUGGAUGCUUCUUUUAAGGCAUUUCGAUCCCUUCAGCCUUGUGAGUGGAGAAAGCUGAAGCUGUCUGCUCCUGGUCACACAGCAAUGCUUCAUACUGGCUCAUGGCAUCCCAAAAUAAAGGGAGAAUUUAUGACUUGCUCAAAUGACGCUACUGUGAGGACAUGGGAAGUUGAGAAUCCAAAGAAGCAAAAAAGUGUAUUUAAACCACGGACGAUGCAAGGCAAAAAAGUAAUUCCCACCACCUGCACGUAUAGUAGAGAUGGAAACCUCAUUGCAGCUGCUUGCCAGAAUGGAAGCAUACAGAUGUGGGACCGAAAUUUGACUGUUCACCCUAAAUUCCACUAUAAACAAGCUCACCAACCAGGCACAGACACUUCUUGUGUGACCUUUUCCUAUGAUGGCAAUGUCCUUGCCUCUCGUGGAGGUGAUGAUACAUUAAAAUUAUGGGAUGUCCGACAGUUUAAUAAGCCACUUUUUUCAGCCUCUGGACUUCCUACCAUGUUUCCAAUGACUGACUGUUGUUUCAGUCCCGAUGACCAACUCAUUGUCACCGGCACCUCUGUUCAACGGGGGCGUGGCAGCGGCAAGCUGGUGUUCUUCGAUCGCAAGACUUUCCAGAGAGCCUAUGAAAUAGAUAUCACAGAUGCGAGCGUUGUGCGCUGCCUGUGGCAUCCAAAGCUGAACCAGAUCAUGGUUGGAACUGGAAAUGGGUUGGCUAAAGUGUAUUACGACCCCAACAAAAGUCAGAGGGGAGCAAAAUUAUGUGUGGUGAAGACACAGCGGAAGGCGAAGCAAGCCGAGACGCUAACCCAGGACUACAUUAUCACUCCUCAUGCCUUGCCCAUGUUCCGUGAGCCCCGCCAGCGGAGUACAAGGAAACAGCUGGAGAAGGACAGACUGGAUCCCCUGAAGUCUCACAAACCGGAACCUCCUGUGGCAGGCCCAGGCCGUGGUGGCCGAGUUGGAACCCAUGGGGGCACUCUGUCCUCAUACAUUGUGAAAAACAUUGCUUUGGACAAGACUGAUGACAGCAAUCCUCGGGAAGCCAUUCUGCGACAUGCCAAAGCAGCCGAAGACAACCCGUAUUGGGUUUCUCCAGCAUAUUCCAAAACUCAGCCUAAAACCAUGUUUGCCCAAGUGGAAUCUGAUGAUGAGGAAGCAAAGAACGAACCAGAAUGGAAAAAACGUAAAAUUUGAAGAACCUCAUUUGAGAGCUCUUUGCAUGAAGAGGCUGAAGGGAACAGAUGUGGGACAGUUGUUAUUUUUUAAGAUGCUUGUAAAGUAAAUACAUUUUUUUAAUUAA